ACAAGCCCCACUCUUCUCCGUAUCAGAAGCGAAUUGGAGUUUACGCUGGAGGGAGAUGUGCUUGUACCCGUCAAGAAACUAAGUCAGUAGAGGGAACGGAAAGAGUUCACUUUAACAGUCCUAGCAUAAUAACUCAAUCACGAGAUUGGAGUUGAACGGUGGGAGUGUACAGUUAUGGAGCUUAUUAAAGAAGAAGCUGCACCGGAGGAUGACAGCAGAGGGCGGCAGAGGGAUGGUCUAACAAGCGUCGUCUCCUCAAAACAAAUGCAAAGAAACCAGUUAGAGAUCUGUCCGGGUUUGUUGUCUGGAGAUGCACAUCUUAUGUGCCGCGGCCGGGAUAGAAGCGAUCCGGAGCCCAAGGCUGGCGACGCAGCAAGUGAUGACGGGUUUACUGGGGACAAAUCAAAUAAUAAGAGAGAAUCUGGUUGCACUAGAGUAAACAAUGAGGGGCUGUCAGAUGGCCGCCAGGGCAAGAAGAAACACCGGCGACGACCAUCCAAGAAGAAGCGCCGCUGGAAGCCUUACUUCAAAUUAACCUGGGAGGAGAAGAAAGAGCUAGAUGAACGCGAGACCGCCCGUGCGUCACGGGUGCGCGCUGAAAUGUUCGCCAAAGGUCUGCCCGUUGCCCCAUAUAACACCACCCAGUUUCUGAUGGAGGAACACGACCGCGAAGAACCUGACCUCAACACGGAGCUGGGAGGCAGAAAAUCCGCGGCGAUCCGCUCCGAUGACACGGCCAGCGAAGAUGAGAAUUUUGAGGUCGAAGAUGAGGAGGAGGAGGAGGGGGCCGUUGGCGGUGGCGGAGGCAGCGACGGUAUGGGCAGACCCGGCCACGCAGGCGGAGAGUUUUUGCAGAGAGACUUUUCUGAGACAUAUGAACGGUACCACGUCGAGACUCUCCAAAAUAUGUCUAAGCAAGAACUGGUUAGGGAAUACUUGGAGCUGGAGAAGUGCAUGUCACGGUUAGAGGAGGAGAACAACUGGCUUCGCCAUGGCCGGAGAAAUCCCGAGUCCCCGGUUGACGGCACCAGCGCUCAGCGCGUGCGGGAACUAGAGAUUGAGGUUGAGAGACUGAGAGCCGAGAAUAACGAGUUAUUACUCAAAACCCCCCAAAGUAAAGGUCCUGGACUCAACCAGUCGUGCUGAAUUAAUGUUUUAUUUCUGUUGUACACGUCAAAUUGUUGCUCUGUCUUACUGUAAACAGUAUCUCUGUAGUAUCUAAUACCAUCUCAGCCUUUGUCAUCUGAAGGCAAUGUUCUCCCGACAGAAAAUUUUAUUAAAUAUUUCGUGCGGUCCCACAUAUUUGGUCAGUCCACAAUAAUAUGUGAUUUGUACUGUUAAACUGACAAAACGAAUAGCCUACAAUGUUAUGUAAAAUAUUAAAAAACGGUCAGAAACUACUCUUAAGACUCUUGCGCGAGUCUUUGCCAUAACAUCACAAAUGACAUCUCAUAUAAUUUCAGUUUUGUUAAUUUACCAUGAUCAUUGAAUAUUUAAAAUUGUAUUUUAUUUAGAAACCACAAACAUGCAGCGCUUCAGAUUCAUAUUUGAUGGCGCAUAUGCUUCAGUGUGUUAAUGCAUGACUGUGUUAAUGCAUGAUAAUGCAUGUUUUACCCAAAUAUAUCGUCUAUUAAAUUUUAUAUUUUAGUUCUAAUUUUAUUUAUCUUAUGUUGCCGGUUCUAUUCUCUGUCAGUCUUUACAUGAUAAAAAUGCAAAACUUGGA